AUGCUCUUCUUUCUUCUUUUUCUCUUAAUUUAUUCAUCUUCUUCCAAUGUGUUCUACGUAGAUGAUGUCUCCAAACAGUCGCUUCCCUUUAUAUUGGAUUUGUAAGUGUAAUUACAUCUUCUACAUUUAUCUAUUUACAACUUUCAGACAGCAAGCUCAACUAUUUCAAAAUCAAAUUUUGAUUUUAUUAGGUCUCGAGAAACCGGUUAAAGGAAUAAAUUCAAGUGAUAAAAUUGUCUCCACGUUUAUGUCAUCGUUAUAUAAGGUUACCGAGAGCUCUGAGUAAGUGUAAUUGCAAGAAAUGAGUUGUAGAUUCUUUCAGAGAUCCUAUCUUUAUGUUCGAUUCUCACAAAUUGGAAGAAGAAAUCUAUGCUUCGGAUACGAUUAUGGGUUUCGUCCCUCAUAGUAAGAUAAAGCUGUGUUAAAAUUACACUUCAGAUGUGACAAUUUUAACUGUGAAUGGUGUGAGUGUAACUGAAAUAACAUUUAUAAUCGAAAAGGAUCAAAGUUUGGAGAUAUUCGCCGGAACGUUUUAUCUGGUGUUGGAAGGUGAUUUGAUGCAAAUAGAAGAUGUCGCAAUGCAUUACACUCAUCAAGGGUUGGUAGAAUGUAUAAUUUAUUUAUUUUAGUUUACAUUAUUGUACAAGAAGAAGUUUGAAGGGAGAUUUUGACGAAGAAGUCAACUUUGCUUCUUUUAAUGGGACCAAUCUCUUUACUGAGUGGUUGGAGAAUGUAAAUGGGACUUAUAAAAUCACUCUCGAGUUAUUAGAUUGUAAGUGUAAUUACUGUAAUUCGCAUUCUUACAGAUGAAACCUCUGAAAAAGACCUGUCGAACAUCCACUUCUUCGGAGUUGGAUUCUUUUUUUCUGAUGGCCCAGUCAAUUCUCGGCCCAAAAGGAAUGUUAAUCUCGAGAAUCAGCCGGAUCUUUCCCGACGUCCCGAGGCUGAAUCCGGUUUUAUUCCGAUGACGUCAUCGUUGGGAAAAAAGCCUGGGCGAUGUGUUUUGAAGUCUCUGUUUGUCGACUUCAAAGAUCUGGGAUGGGAUGUAAGUUUAAAAUGACAUUUAUGCAAUUAAUUUAUCAAGUUCGAUUUGUUUCUCUGUCGGUUUUGACGAAUUUGCACAGUGCAAUCGGGUUUUUUGUGGUUUGCAUUCUGCGAAAAGAGAAACAUCGCUGUGCGUUGGCGAGUGCAGAAGCAAAUGUUCAUGCGCUUUAUGAAAAUACUGAUGAGGGGUUCCGGAUAAAUUUAAUUUUUUUCGGCCAUGAUGCUUACAAUUAGACGGGCAUUUCAGCCAUAUCGAAUUUUUUAUCCUGCAAUGUGCACGGCCCAAGCCAGGAUAAAACUUGUUCCGAAAGGCGGCACCACGACAUGCACAGUGGAAUGAAUUUUUCGCACCUUGCAAAGUUCUUGCUAUUGUGGGCCUUGUACGGUGCGGAAGAAGACAUUGCUUUGGCCGAAACGCGUGUCUGAGCCAUGGCCGAAAAAAAUUUGAAUUUACCCGGAACGCCUCUUAUAGGUACUCCGUUUAGGACUAGGGAGUAUUUCCGUGUCUACUGUCAUAACUGAAUUUACAACCAAUUGUAUUCCAGAAUUGGGUCAUCGCGCCCUCAGGGUAUCAGGCUGAUUUUUGUGAGGGAGACUGCAAUUUCCCCUUGUACGAAGAUCUCUUCCCUUCCAAUCAUGCAAUAGUACAAAGUCUGAUCCAUUUGGUCGAUGAUAAAAGGUACUACACCAUUAGUUAAAUAUUAUACCCAAAAAUAUAGUAAAAAUACUGCAACUUUGUAUUUCAGCACUGAAAUGGCGAAAUGCGCAGCCACAGAGAUGCGAGAGCAGAGUAUCUUAUUUAUGAAUAACCAGGAUAAUAUUGUGAUGAAGAAAUAUCAAAAUAUGAGGGUGAAUCGUUGUGGGUGUAGAUGA